CUUAUCCCUAUGGCAUCUUACUCAGACAAACAGCAAAUAAGACGCUACAAGUGCCCAUUAUGCCCAAAAUCCUUUUAUCGUCAUGAACAUAAAAAGCGGCAUAUUCGAAUUCAUACUGGGGAAAAGCCUCACGCUUGUCAAUUUUCUGGUUGCAGUAAACGAUUCUCUCGUUCUGACGAGCUCAUUCGACACAGUCGAACACACGACACUGCAUCGCAUGAUACCUCUCGGUCAUCGUCUUGUGCACAUGCAGGACAGGUUCUUUUACCGCCUUUAAGAUCAAUAUACUACUAUCCUUUAUCAAUGAAGCCCCAGCCAGUUGAAUGCAGUACUCAUUACCAGCCUUUCCUUGCUCACCCACCUUUUUAUGCGUCAUCUAGACUAGGUUGCUAUCCUUAUUCUCAUUCUAAUUCUCAUUCCACUCCUUACAAAAAGGAUAUGCUGUUGCCUCCCAUUCAUACGUUAUUAUAAUAUAUUCAUAAUCAUUCUUUAUUUUAUUGUUUGUGUACAUACAUUUAUCUAUAUAUUUAUGCUGGAUCAUUCUUUAAAACAUAUUCAUUCAUUGGGUCUUUCGUACUAAUAUGAAACUAAUAAAAAAGAAUAUCUAUCUCUCUCUUUAAUUCAAUACAAAAAA